GCCCAUACUUAGUUUCAUCGUUGACAACAACAUUGCCACCCCCAAAGUCCAGUGUUCCUUUUUCACUCACUCCUUCUUGAAGCGAAGUUCCAAGUUGAAAGCUCUCUUCGUCUCUUCAGGGGGGUGCUGCUAGUUUGUUGAAACAACACCUUUUCACGUGUCGUUGUUUUGGUGAUUUAUAUUGAAAUUGCAAGUUUUUAAGUUCAGAAGUUUCAUAACAUUUUAGCAUUUCUCGCCAUCCUUUGAUUUUUCGUGAUGAUGUGAACUGCGAGGUGAUUUGGGGGAAUGCUGCUAGUUUGUUGAAACAGCAUCUUUUCUGAACAUCAUCCUGAUUUCAUGUUUCACUGUUUUGGUUGAACGAAGACAUGAGGUUUACCCAACUUUCCAGAUUGAUUGGCCAUCUCCCUCGGCCUGGUACACGUGGGAAUUUUCAAUCCCGUGCCUUCCAGCCUGAUGUUGUUCAUAGAGAUCCUAAUGGCAAGCUAAUUAAGUACAAAAUUCCUCAAUUCUAUGAUCCUUAUGGCCCCAAACCUCCACCCUCGGAAAAAAUUACUCAGCUUGCAGAACGGAUUGGAGCACUAUCGGAAGAAGAACGAGCUCAAAUUAUGCCUGCUUUGGCAGAAAGAUUAAAUCUUCCAAAGUUGCAGCUAAUUUCAACAGAAGGGUUGGACUUGGGUUCAGAAGGUGGUGCUGCUGGACCAAAGGUCGAGGAGAAAAAGGCAGAGAAGACAGCUUUUGAUGUGAAGCUGGAGAAAUUUGAUGCUGCCGCAAAGAUCAAGGUGAUUAAGGAGGUAAGAACAUUUACUAGCCUGGGAUUGAAAGAGGCCAAAGAUCUUGUUGAAAAGGUACCGGUUGUGCUUAAACAAGGAGUCACAAAAGAGGAGGCAAAUGAUAUUAUAGAAAAAAUAAAAGCUGCUGGAGGAGUUGCAGUUAUGGAGUAGAAUUUUGAGAUGUUGGAUUGUUGUUCAGAACUCAGUAUCACAAUUUUUUCUUAAUGUGCAAUGGGAUGCCAUAUGCAUAGUUGCAUGCAUGAUUAGAAGACAAUUCUAAAGGCAUGAAGUAGAUUUAAGGUUCAAGGACUAGCUGUUGAAUAAUUUAUCUGAAUCAAUUGUUUCUUAGCUGAGUUUUCUUGUUAAUUACUGUAUCACUCUUAACUGCUGUUCUGGUUUGACAUUGGUAACACUCUUUUCGGCUAUCAUUUGCUCAUACUUUUCAUUCCAGAUGAAAUGAUUCUGGGAUGAUUGGAAAUUUUUUAUGUAUGGAAUUCUCUUUUACCUCA